GACUCAGACAUUCAUAUGGAGAUCUGGGUGUAUAAAUACAGGACAGAAGCCGAGGGGACAGCAGCACAGACUCAACUGGCUCUUCAGACUGAGCUGAAACACUCUUACUCUGCAGCAAUGGCGCCUACUGCUUAUGGACAAGCAAGCAAGGACCACCUGACUCCUGCUCACAAGCUAAGGAAGCCAAUGGUGGAGAAAUUACGUAGGGACCGCAUCAACACCAGCAUCGAGCAGCUGAAAUCGCUUCUGGGUCCUGAGUUUCUCAGACAGCAGCCGGACUCAAAGCAGGAGAAGGCUGACAUCUUGGAGAUGGCCGUGUCGUAUCUGAGAAGCUGGCAGCAGCAGAAGCUCCAGUUACAGCAGCAGCAGAGCCUCCUGACCUCUGGCCCCCUGACAGCCUGGGAUGGCUACUCCCGCUGCGUCCAGGAGGCCGUCAGCUUCUUGUCCCGCUGUGAGGUCCAGACUCAGGCCCAUAGGCUGCUCCUCAGCCACUUCCAGGGGCUUCAGGCUCCCAGCAGGAACAGUCUCAGCCCUUGCAGCCCCUCUCCUCCUGGCUCUCCUCUUCAUCAGGUCAGCCCCAGUAAGGGUCUGAGCCCAACCAGCAGCGCUCUAUGGAGACCCUGGUAAAAGAGAGAUCUUCAAACAGAGAGAGACCUAAGUCUGUGAACGUCAUGGACAGACAGUAAAGACUCCUUGGAGUUUCCUAUCCUUCAUCAUGGCACCAGUUUGGCUCUGUGAGAUGAAACUGUGCCAAUAUUCCUGUGGGAAGGACUGAAAACAUUCAGGUUUUAAUGAAUAUUGACGCAAUGUGUGUUAAUAUUGCAAAUCUGUUUAAAAUACUCUGUGUUACAGUAUCUGUUCCUGCAGGGAAUGUUAACAGCAAACAUUGCUUUAUUAGUUGAACCAUAUUGGUUUUAAACUAUUUUAAUGUCUGGGACAUGUAUGUGAAUGGUGUGUGAAUUGAUAAUAUCAAUGACAUAUUUUUCAUCAGCCUGCAGCCGGUGAAGUAAAAAAAAAAGAGCCAUAAAA